AUGAAGGGGAAAUUGAGUAUUUUGCGAUUUUUAGCUCUAAUAUUGUUUUUAUUAAAGUUUAAUGAAAUUUAUGCUAGAGGAAAAGAGAGAAGCUUAGAUAAUCAAGGCGACGAUGAUGAGAAUGAAGAUUCCUUGAAUAUUGCUGAUGUUCCUGAACCGGAAGCAAAUGUUACAGGUUGUACCAGAAAAAAGGCAAUAUUAAUGCAUGAGAUUAGAACCGCCACACAGAAUCAAUUUCCAUUUAUGGCUUCAAUAAUGUCAUCUAAAAAUGAAUACGUCUGUGCUGGAACCGUUAUUGCCAACGGUCUUAUUCUUACAACAGCUCAAUGUACUGACUCAAUAAGCUACGUACUAGUAAAUGGAACGAGUGAUAAAAAAGAUGAUACUACAUUUUCGCUGCAUGUAAUCAAAAGUGAAAAUUUUCCGUCUUAUACUGGACCUAACACUGGAAAAGAUGUUGCAGUCAUUUAUACCGAAAAACAUAACAAUACUUUAGCUUCCAAGAUUACUCUCAGUAACUAUACUUCUGCUCAACUUUUAAAUGACGUUGAAGUUUUAGGAUUUGGCUUAAACGCCGAAGUAGGACAGCCAAAAAAAUUACAGUUUGUGGGCUUAGAAGCUAGGGAGAAAAAUGAAGAUGUAAUUAGGGCAUACAUAGAUUGCAUUGAAACAAAAGUUUCAACAUGCUUUAGAGACAAAGGAGGUCCAGUUUUAUUUAAUAAUGAACUCGUUGGAAUAGUAACUAAAGGUCAACCAGAGUGUACUGCAGAAAUAUUGUCAACUUACGCUUUGAAUAAACAUAUGGUAGAUGCUCUACCAACGUAUUCUUUUAAAGCUUGGAUCGAUGAGAAAAUAGCGAAAGCUGCCGAGCCAGGAGUGGAAGCUUUAGAGGCGUAUCCAAAGAAACCUAGCUAUAGAGAAGCGGUGAUACAUAUAAUGACAAGCUCAGCUUAUUUAAAAAGUAAUAACGUUGUCUUUAUUACAAUUGCAUACACAUUAGUAUUAUAUUUUUAA